AUGCCACGAAGGAAGAAUCAUCAGCAUCAGCAACCUGUUUUCGACGAUCUCCCCGACUUCCCUGAUCCUGCCGAUCUUAACUUCGACUUCCACCGAGACGAUUUACAACCAGAGCCAGUGCAAGAGCCGGAACCGGAACCAGAACGAGAAGUGAAGCCAAGGAAGCAGGGCAGGAAACAACACAAGAAUGCACGCUACCAACCUUCGCCAGCUGAAGAGUUGCUCCCAGAACCAACCGAAGAGCUAGCCUUUGAAAACCCGGCACCUUCGCCUCGCAGGCAACACACUCUCCUUCACCAAAUCAGUCUGCCGUCCCAUUCCAAGAGUAAACCAGUCAACAUCAGGGAAGACCUUGCUGCUACAGAGAAGGUGUCUGAUCAAUAUACACCACCAAGCGAUGUUGGAAUUCCAGAUGACCUAUACGGUCGAAGCCCCAACUCGGUUGCCAUAUCGAGCGCUGGAAAUACUCCUCCAGUAGAGCCUGGCUUUUCGAAUCGCAAAUCAUUCAAGACUCGCACUCCACCAGUCUCACCUCCGCAGCAUAGUGCUAGACCAGUCAGCUUUGGUGGAACACCUUUGCCGAGAUACGCUAGACCACCCUCAGCUGCAUAUGGCUCUCCUCCUGCUCCUCAUCUUCCGCAACCCCAUUUCUACGGACCAUAUGACAUAGAUCUUGGCCUACCAAAGCCUGACGAGAACAUCACCAAGCAGGAUCCCCUCUUUACACGUUUCGUAAGUCUGCCAAAGCUCGGUAACUCGAUUAAGCAAGGCAUCAUAACAGGCUACAAUCGAACCCUCCAGAUAUGCUCAUAUGAUGGCACGACGGUUGACGAGGUCGGCACUCUCACAGAUCUGCCGGGCACUCCUGCUGAUGCAGAGCUCCUCUCCUGGACGUCCCGACCAGAUCCUUUCGCAGCCUUGAGGCCACUACUUGCCGUUACUUUUAUGCACCUUGAACCUGCUGAAGGAGGCAAUCCGCAGUACAGAUAUACAGUUUCUGUUUACUCUCUACGCUACCAACGUCAUGUGCUGGAUCUGCUGCAUACUCCAUCGUACACCAUACAUCCUAGCAUACCUGGUCAAUUUCAUGCAAACGAUCAUCCUGUCAAUCACAUCUGCCUCAAGGCCGACGGCAAUUACCUGGCUGUUUCUUCCGGCAGAUCAGGCGAGCUUUUCGUCUUUAGUGCACUUAGCCAUGAGGAAGAACCUACAUUCGAAUGUCUAAGAAAGUUCUGGACCACUAUACAACCACGCGAGCAGCCAAGGGGUUCUUCCCACACUCGACCUACCAUUUCCGAAGCCACCAACUCAAAGUUACUGCAAGUCAAGCCAGACGAGAGUGUACCGAUCCUAGCUCUUUCUGGUCGUUGGUUGGCAAUAUGUCCUCCUGCCUCCACCCCUCCGAGUGCUGGCUUCAUCCUCGGCGAGUGUAUAUUUACUGGACGGCAGGCUGGCCUGGAGACUCUGGGCGCUGGAAACCGACCAACUGUCAACUGCGAUGUUGAUUCACCCGAUGCGGAUACUUUACUCGGACGGGUCGCUCGUGGUGUAGCUCAGGAGAUGAUGAAGGCAGGCAAAUGGUUGGGUGAACAGGGUGCGCAGGCAUGGCAAAACUACUGGAAAAAGGAGGACGUUCCCACGACUCCUCCCUUCUACAACACUUAUGGCAAUGUGCCGCAGACUGCUCAAACUUCAUAUGGCCAUUUUCCGCCUACCCAUGCUGACGCUCAAGCGCAUACACGAGAUCCCGACCUAGUCUCCGUGAUCGACCUGAAAGCUAUGAGCGAAAGCUCCGCUCGAAAGUCCAAUGCAGCAACGCCAACAGCUACAUUCCGACCGCCGAACGGCUGUAGCUUCUUGUCAUUUGCACCUCAUGGACUUAUGUUAUUGACUGCUAGCCGUAAAGGAGACUAUCAAUAUGUGUGGGACCUUUUGGAGAUGAAACAUAGUCGAGUACUAACGCCAGAUCUGGAAAGAGACAACGUGAAUGUGACUCCCCAUGUAAGGCAACUCGCUCGUUUUGAUCGACUAAGCGGCUCCGUUAUCGUCGAGGUGGUGUGGGAAUUACCUACUCUGUCACGCUUGGCUGUGGUAACGAAGAACAAGACGAUUCACCUGUUCGAUAUUCCAGCUUCCGCCUUACGAUGGCCACCGCCACGCCGACCGAGGAAGAGUCGACCAACUUCAGCUCCACCGAAUGCAGUGCCAGAAACCUCUCAUGACCCAGCACCUGCAGGCGGUUUCUUUGCUUCAGCCAAGAGUUUCGCAGGACGAACACAGCCUAUCUUAGCCAACCUUCGAGGUAGAACUCCAAGUACAAGUGGUGGAUUUUCAGGGAUAGGGCAGGCAGGUUUUGGCAUCGCGGCAGCUACCGGAGCUAGAGGUUCGAAAGCCGUUGCCACGGGACUUAGUAAGUCACUUGGCGCAGCCACGGAAACAGUGAGCAGAAUUCAUCACGCAGGAGAGAGCAGGCUACACAUCAAGUCAGAGAAGGAUGUCGUUGCGAAUCGUCUGAUCUGGACCCGCAGAGUGUCUAACUGGGGUCUUGCCCUCUUAGGGGAGAAUGGAGUGAGGUACUAUCAGGUUCGUAAGAGCAAGCCUCGAGAUGCACGACAGGUGGAAGCAACAGUAUUUGAUGCUCGAAGAGCUGUGAGCAUCAAAUUGCCAGUCCUUGGUGGACGAUCUUCAAGAGAUGAUGUUCGUAACGUUGUUGCAAGUUACUUUCAUCUUCCGAACGUUCAAGGAACGGAUGCGGGAACGGUACAUCCUCUUUCAUUCGCCGAGAUCGACACGAAUGCGCCUUUCCAACCAUUCCAUUCGGAUCAAAGAGUUACUAUAUCCAUUUUCGCACCUAGCGAGCACGAUACGAGGUCAACGAAGAACUCAAAGAAGACGAAGUCAAGUGCUACAGAGUCAUGGGUGUUUGGGGACGAAAUUGCACAGUUGAGGCUCAACAUCAACCCUCCACACAGCCAGAACGACGAGGUAGCAGACUCUGUCAUUCAUCGUGAGACUACUAUAUCAAUCGGCGUAAGUGAUGAAGAUCAUGUUGUCAGUACCACACGCAGAAAGAAAAUCAAACGUGGUGUCACAGCACAGGAUGAUAAUAGCACAAAUCCUGGUGAGCCCACACAAGAAGGGUUCUUCGAGGACGAUUGCGACGUGUUGGAUUUCGCUGCGGAUCGUGUGUAG